AUGGAAACUGACAUUAUUGGAGGCAGUCGAUACUUGCUGACUUUCAAUGACAAUGCUAGUCGGAGAAUCGUGGUGUAUUUCCUGAAGCCGAAGACAGAGGUGUUCGAAACGUUCCGGGAUUACAAGCAUUUUGCGGAGAAUCAAACGGAAGAGCGGAUCAAGCGAAAACGGACGAACAACGGCAAUGAACAAGGAAGCGAACUGGUGAUUCGAACCCAAACAGAGAAGAACUCUGAUGACAGUGAUGACGUUGCGGGAAGCGAGAAUGAGCUAGAUCAAUCGAUCUACAGCGACGCGGAUUUGUUUAUGGAUGAAGAAUCGAACACCGAUGAUGAACGCCAGCUGAUGGAGAGUGUGCCGUACUGGGAGCUGGUAGGCAGCUUGCAGUACCUAUCACAAUCGAAGAGACCAGACCGGACAUUAGUUUCGCGGUCAACAUUAUCAACCAGUUUUGACAAAGUCUAA